UCAAAAUGAAGUUUUUCUCCGGGACAAGAACGAAACAGCCAUUCUUUCAGAAGGUUACCCAUAUCAUCUACAACCAUUUUCUUCCUGUCAGUGGGACAUAAAGACGUCGGCGGAUAAAUACAUAAAAUUUACCAUCCGGGACUUUAAUCUGUGCUCGAAUUCAAAUAUCUGUCGGACAACAUGUCUUAAAAUUGACAAGGAAAUAAAACUUUGUCCAGGUUCUUCCAUUGAAAAAACGUAUUUGAUACAGAAAAACACAACCUUCAUUAUGUUCAAUUCCACUGAAACAUUAAAUGGGAGGGGUUUCAACCUGUCUGUCAAAGCUGUUGAUUCUCCUCCUCCCUUUCUGGACCAAUUUUUUGUCGAGAGCAAACAUGACUUUAUUAAGAUAACAUGGCGUCCUUACGAUGGAGAGAAAGACCUGUUGCGUUACCUCGUCACCUACAACGUCAUACCUGACGUAGGGCAUCACGUGGUUCCUGUUCGGGUCGGUCGCCCUUCAACAACAUACGUCAUCGACACAAAUACUCAUCAAGGCCAAUUGUUUGCCGUGAGAUUAUCUUAUCUAAGCGAGGGCGGGGAAGGGAUACCUUCCAAUGUAAAAAUUAUCAGAGCUUCAUGUGGACGUGCAGUGCGACUGCGCCAUAAUCAAACCUUCACCAUACGGUCGCCGGAAGUCAAUGGUAGCUAUCUUUCAAAUGUCAUUUGCAGAUGGAAUUUACAAGCGGAUCACGGACUUUGGUAUAAGGUUAAUAAAUUAGAUAUCGUAAAAUUAGACAUUGAAAACUCCACAUUGUGUCAAAAAGAUUAUGUGGAAAUUCCCGGAAAGCGGAGGUUUUGUGGAAACAAGCCUGAUUCCGUUAUAAUAAAAGAUCACAGAGCCGCCAUUACUUUUGUUACAGACGAUAGCAACUAUGCGACAGGAUUUACAGCGAUGGCUACAGCAGUUUAUCCACCAUCGGGCCGUCCUAGAAAUUUAACUUUAACGCCAGCACGGUAUGGGUUCUUUUCGGAGUGGGAGAAACCUUUUUUGAAUCCUAGUUAUGUGAGGGGAUAUCGGAUAAAUUACAGACGACUGGAGAAGACCGAGGUCUCUGAAAUGGUUGUACCAUCCAAUGAUAAUAGUGCUUUUAUAAACACUCUGUCCUUUCCUGGAAAUUUGUUUGAAGUAUGGAUGUCUGCAAUUGGUGAGGCUCAAGAUAGCGCGUUAACUGAAAAGAGGCAAAUUUUGUCAGACUGUGGAGAAUUUUUGAAAAUAGAUAAAUCCGUCCAUCUGAUCAGUACGCCAUUCUACCCAGAAUUCCCCAAUGUCACGUGUCAGUGUUCGUGGACCUUGUCGUCUUUGCAUAAUUUAUCAUUCUCAUUCUUGGAAAUUCAUCGUUAUGACAACCAUACCACAAACUCAACAGAAGACGAGUUUCUUAUCUUAAACAAUACAAAGCAUUCUUUUGCGAAUAUAAGCGAAGGAAUGCAAUUUUUAUUACAUAAAAAUGAAGUUGAAAAGAUAGAGAUUCGGACUAAGAAGACAAGUUUUCUAGCAGCAAUAAAACCAGUACAUGAUGAGGAAACCUCCGUUAGAAGCUUCAAACGCUCAUCAUCUAGUGUCCAAAGACUUGACCCUAGCUGACUAGUGCAUGUCACAUUGGGAGUAAUUCUCU